CCCCGGGAGACCAUGGCGGCCACGUUCUUCGGAGAGGUGGUGAGGGCGCCGUGUCGGGCGGGGACCGAGGAGGAGGAGGAGGAGGAGGAGGAGGGCCGGAGGGAGACGCCCGAGGACCGGGAGGUGCGGCUGCAGCUGGCGCGGAAGAGCGUUUCUGUCAUCAUUUGUUAUGAAUUCAGGAGUCUGGGAAGAAAUCGGUUGUGCUAAACUCUGGAAUGAAUGGUGUAGAACAGCAGACUCGACCCUCUUGUCCCCCUCGGAGGCUUUUUGUGUGUUUUAUCAACUGAAAGCUCAUCACUCGGUGAUCCUUUGUCAGUGCAGCUGCUACGUUGCUGAAGAUCAGCAGUAUCAGUGGCUGGAAAAGGUGUUUGGCUCUCGUCCAAGGAAGAACAUGCAGGUAACCAUUCUCACCUGUCGACACGUUACGGACUAUAAAACCUCAGAAUCUACUUGCAGCCUACCUUCUCCUUUCUUGAAAGCUCUGAAAACCGAGAAUUUCAGAGACCAAACGUGCUGUUCGCUGCUGGAGCAGCCAAACAUCGUCCAUGACCUGCCCGCCGCAGUUCUGAGUUACUGUCAGGUGUGGAGCCUCUCUGCGGUUCUGUACUUGUGCUACACUGAUGUGAUGAAACUGGACCUGAUCACAGUCGACGCGUUUAAGCCUGUGCUUUCUUCCAGAAGCUUCAAAGGUUUGGUUAAGAAUAUUCCUCAGAGCACAGAGAUACUGAAGAAAUUGACGACAACAAACCAGAUUCAGAGUAAUAUUUAUACAUGACCUCAGAGACUGUAAUGCGUUUCCCUUCCAUUCCUUUAAGGGGAGCAGUGUGCCCUGUUUUGUAAGUUACUUUUUUUUUUGAUGGGUGGAAUAUAUUUUGAAGGAGACAAAAAAUAAACUGUAAGAAAAUUAA